AGGCGCACUCCGCUGAUGCUGCGAAGACAGGAGCAGUCCUUCACCGGCCACAUCGCUCUUCUUAUCGCUGACUGCCUGAAAAGAUCCCAGCAUGAUGUCCUCCUAUAGACCACCUCCACAUUCCUCCUACAAGAAGCUGUUCGGCGGGGACAGAGUCAAGUCCAGCUACACCAGCCGCCAGUUCUCCAGCCCGGUGCGCUCCUCCCGGCUGUCCUACGGGCUCUCCGCGGCUCCGGCCAUCUACGCAACCAAGACCCAGCGGCUCCGGAGCAGCGCAGCCAUGCCCCGGCUGGCCUCCGAGAACUUGGACUUCUCCCUGUCCGACGCCAUCAACACCGAGUUCAUCACGAACCGCACUAACGAGAAGGCGCAGAUGCAGUCGCUCAACGACCGCUUCGCCAGCUACAUCGAAAAGGUUCGCUUCCUGGAGCAGCAGAACAAGAUCCUGCUGGCCGAGCUGGAGCAGCUGCGGGGCAAAGGCACGUCCCGGGUCGGAGAUCUGUACGAAGACGAGAUGCGGGAGCUGCGGCGCCAGGUGGACCAGCUGAGCAACGAGAAGGCCCGGGUGGAGGUCCACCGGGACAACCUGGCCGACGACAUCGACCGGCUGAGAGAGAAGUUGCAGGAUGAGAUUUCCCAGCGGGAGGAGGCUGAGGCAAACAUGCAGAGCUUUAGACAGGACGUGGACAACGCUGCCCUCGCCAGACUGGACCUGGAGCGGAAGGUAGAGUCACUCCAGGAGGAAAUCAACUUCCUCAAGAAGCUGCACGAUGAGGAGAUGCUGGAGCUGCAGAGCCAGAUCCAGCAGCAGCAGCAUGUGCAGGUGGACAUGGAGAUGGCUAAGCCCGACCUGACGGCGGCCCUGAGGGACGUCCGUCUGCAGUACGAGAACCUGGCCUCCAAGAACAUCCAGGAGUCAGAGGACUGGUACAAAUCCAAGUUUGCUGACCUCACCGAAGCGGCAGCCAGGAACAACGAUGCCCUGAGAGUGGCCAAGCAGGAGGCCAACGACUACAGACGCCAAGUUCAAGCGCUUACCUGUGAGGUGGACGCCCUCAAAGGAACCAACGAGUCCCUGGAGCGCCAGUUGAGGGAGGUGGAGGAGAACUUCUCCCUGGAGACGGGCGGCUACCAGGACACCAUCGGCCGCCUGGAGGAGGACAUCCACAACAUGAAGGACGAGAUGGCCCGCCACCUCCGGGAGUACCAGGACCUCCUGAACGUCAAGAUGGCCUUGGACAUCGAGAUCGCCACCUACAGGAAGCUGCUGGAGGGCGAGGAGAGCAGGAUCUCCACCCCCCUGCCAAACUUCUCAUCUCUAAACCUGAGAGAAACGAUGAUGAUGGACUCCAAACCCCAUGUUGAGACAACAACCACCAAGAAAGUUCUCAUCAAGACCAUUGAAACCAGGGAUGGUCAGGUGAUCAACGAGUCGACCCAGAACCACGACGACAUGGACUAAUGACGCCUGUGUUUCCGCCAACCAACCAACAAAAGCAAUAUGAAGAAACACGUUUCCCUGGAGCCACAAAGCAAGCGAACACGCCGACACACAAAAAGCUUCAAAAAGUGCCUUUCUAUGUGAUGAUCCAGUUAGCCUGUUAGUGGACACAGACUGUAUUUUGCUUCCUCCUCUGCUCAAAGUAUUUUGUCAUAUUUGUUUAGACACACGACAAUGAAAUCAGCACAACAUAGCAGCCCUCACCGAGGGCUACAAAACUCUUUCUUUGUAACCAAAGUAGUAUUUUGGAUCGAUACGGCAUGCACUCUCCAGUAGAACCUGUAUGCUAAAGAUGUCACAACUACCUGUACGCAGCAAUAAACAACCAAGACUGUAACUCA